GAAAAAAGGUUGUAAUGGUUUAGAGAGAGCAGAAGCUGUGUGGAAGACUCUUUGAGAAUCUGAGUACCACACCGGAGAAACCGUGAACACGAAUUGUGCAACCGUGAAAUAUAAAACCCUGCUGCACCAUUGCAAUGGUAGGACCCAAGCGCCACUUCCUCCCUCUCAUUCUCAUCUCCCUCGCCGCCUUCAUCUUCUACACCUUUAACCACUUCUCUCUCUCGCCAGCCAUUGCUGAAUCAAACCACAGAUCCACUUUCCCAGACCCGAUUCCAACCUUAAUCCAUCCCAAUUUCAGUUUUGUUAUCAACGUUCUCGCCUUCAACCGCCUCGCCUCACUCUCCCGGUGCUUACGCUCCCUUGCCGCCGCCGACUACCUCGGCGACCGCAUCCACCUCCACCUCCACAUCGACCACUUCACCUCCGACAAAGCGUCGAGCGUGGACCCUAAGCUCCGUGAGGCACGUCGGAUCUUGGAGUUCGUGGACGCGUUCGAUUGGAAGUUCGGGGAGAAGGUUGUGCAUUACAGGACGGGCAAUGUUGGCCUGCAGGCCCAGUGGUUGGAGGCCUGGUGGCCCACUUCCGAUCACGAGUUCGCCUUCGUGGUGGAGGAUGACUUGGAGGUUUCCUCGCUUUACUAUGAGUUCGUUAAGACGGUGAUUCUCAAUUUCUACUACAACGCCUCCAAUUAUAGCCCUUCCAUCUUCGGGAUUUCGUUGCAGCGAGCAAGGUUUGUUCCAGAUGAUGUUAUAAAAAGACCCAUGCGACACAACCAGGCGAACAACUUUGGCAGAUUUGGAACUUGAAAAACUUGCUAGUCUCAUGAGUUUAUUUUGAUUCCACCAACUUCUGAGGUAUGAAGAAUUCAGAAAUGGCUGGAAACUCGUUAUGACCAUAAUCAUGAUAAAACAAUGGAUCGUGGCCUUUGUUAAGGAGCAAUGCCAGUGCCACCAAUCUCAACUUUGGCUUGUGUGUUAUCAUGAUUCUGAAAGUGGAUAUGAUCAACUUAAGAUCAGCACAAAUUCUUUUCAAAUCAACUUCGUGCAGCUUAUGUCUAUUGUGUUAUAUGUCUUCAAUGCUGUGUCGAUUGUGUCGUGUAUAACACUCACACGACACGCGUACUUCCCUAAAGUGUUGAAUUUAAAAAACAUUUGUUUACGGCUCCGAUAUGGUUCCACUUGAAUGCUAAUGAGGGCAAACAAAG